AUGGCGGAGCUGAACCGGCAGUUACAGGAGUACCUGGCUCAGUCUAAGAAUGGCAGCGGCCCCGGCCCAGCGGCCCCGAGCUCCUCGCGGCCGACGCCGGAUGCAGCCGACGCCGGAGGGAGGACGUGGCUUGGCCGGCUGAGCCCCUUCUCAGGCCGCUCCUCCUCUUCCUCGUCCCCGGCGGCCGGCUCGUGGCCCUGGGCGGCCGAGCCGGACCCCUGGCUGCCGGGGCUGUCGCGCUGGCAGCGGCUGGUGGGGAGCGCGCUGUGCCUGUUGCUGGCCGCGCUCUGCUUCGGCCUGGCCGCGCUCUACGCGCCGCUGCUGCUGCUCCGCGCCCGCAAGUUCGCGCUGCUCUGGUCGCUGGGCUCGGCCUUUGCGCUGGGCGCCGCCGGCUUCCUGCGGGGGCCGAGCCGCCUCCUGCGGGAGCCCAGCCGCGGCACCGUGCUCUACCUCGGCGCCCUGGCCGGCACCCUGUACGCCGCGCUCGGCCUGCGCAGCACCCUGCUCACCGCGCUCGGAGCCGCCGCCCAACUCGCCGCCAUCGCCGGCUGCCUGCUCGCCCUGCUGCCCGGGGGCCCCGCCGGCCUGCGUUAUCUCGGCGGCCUCCUGGGCGGCUUCGUGCGCCGCCGCGUCUCCAAAACCCUGCCCGUGUGA